AUGAGCACUAACAACAAUCGGCAAAACCGAGGCACUGCUAACAAGCCUCAGGAACAGCCGGCUGCAGGAAAUGCGGCAGCUGAUGCAAAAACGUUGGAGGAAUUGAAAGCGGAGCUGGAAGAGACAAAACGAAACAGAAAUUAUUAUCAACUUGAAAGAGAUCGUAUAAAUUCUUUUUGGGAUAUUUCAAAGAAGGAGAUUGACAAUUUGAAAGGAGAAGUUAGAAACCUACAUCGAGAGAUGGAAGAAAACGAAGAACGGCAUCAAGUCGAGUUGAAAGUAUACAAACAAAAAGUGAGACAUUUGCUUUAUGAACAAAAAAUUACGAUCGAUCGCUUGAAAAUUGAAAGUGAGAAUGCCCUCAAAAUUCAGGCAGAUGAAUUCCGACAAAAACUAGCUCAAUUAAAAUCUGACAAGCGAAAAUUAAAAAGAGAGCUUCAUUCUAUGGAAAUUGCCUACCAAGAAGAAAUCAAGGGUUUAAAAACCAAUCAAGACAAGAAUCUGACAAAACAAACUGAAACAUUUGCAAGAAAGUUGAAAGAAACACAGCUCAAAUAUGAAAUGAAGAUGAAAAAACUCAGAGAAGAUUUGGAACUAAGAGGACGAAAAGAAACCGAAGAAAUUGAGGAGAGAAAGAACACACAUAUUAAACAGCUUAUGGAAAAGCACAAAUUGGCCUUCCAACAAAUGAAAGAUUAUUACAUUACCAUCACAAGAAACAAUUUGGAGCUGAUCAAGACUCUGAAAGAUGAAGCCGCUCAAAUGAAACAGGAGGAAGCCGAUAACGAGAAACUCAUGCUUGAAAUUGCUCAAGACAAUAAGAGGUUGAGUGAGCCUCUUGUUAAAGCCCUUGCAGAAGUGAAAAAGCUAAGAAAUGAAUUAGCCAACUAUCAAAAGGACAAAUUAUCAUUGAAAAAUGCUAAAAGUAGAUUAGUCAUGAUGGAAGAUCAGCUCAAAAAGCUCAAAUGGGAACAUGAAAUUUUGGAACAAAGCCACAAGCAAGUACAAAAAGAACGAGACGAGUUGUACGACAAAUUUGAACGAACCAUUCACGAUGUGCAACAGAAAACUCUCUUCAAGAAUCAGGUACUCGAGACGAAGGUGUAUGCCCUCCAAGAAAAUCUGGAAAAGAAAGAUGCACAGAUUCAUGAAAUUCUCAAAGCUUGUAAUAUCGAUGAAAGGACGGUUGAAGAAAUCACGGAAGGUUUGGACAAUGUGAUUGAAGAGAAAAACAACACGAUACGAGAACUUAAAUUUGAAAUUGAAAAGAUGAAAAAGAGCUACAAUGAUUUAAUCCGUGUGAUCAAUGCCAAGAUGCAACAAUAUGGUAUUGAGGAUGAGCUUGGCGUAGAGCCUAUCGCAAACGUCGCAGAUGACGGUGUUCCAGGAAGAGUCUGGGUCAAGUAA